UUAAGAAUUACAGCUGCUUGGAGUCUCGAAUAAAAGUGAAAGCAAAUGUUUAGCGUUGAUGUUUCUCCGUUUAAACAGCCAGAAUCGAUUCUGUACGGAAUAUCAAAGUGUUUCAUAGGAACUAAGCCAUGAUUUUCGUGUAGCUGCUUCAAAGAAAGACGGUAGAUUUUGUGAAUCUGUGUAAAUAAGAGUCAGAGCUGGAGAUCAGAUUCUGUUUCAUCAUGGAGGACACACAAACAUCCACAGAUCAAGAGUUUUCUCCAGGAUGCAGUUCAGUUGAUCAGAAGAGAUCAGAAGCAGAGUCCAGCUGUGUGUCUGUGAGGAGUGAUGGGUCUAUGGAUCGUCCAAUAGAGUUUAAGAGUGGAGAUACAAAGACUGAUCUCAGUUCAGUUGAUCAGAAGAGAUCAGAAGCAGAGUCCAGCUGUGUGUCUGUGAGGAGUGAUGCGUCUAUGGGUCAACCAAUAGAGUUUAAGAGUGGAGAUACAAAGACUGAUCUCAGUUCAGUUGAUCAGAAGAGAUCAGAAGCAGAGUCCAGCUGUGUGUCUGUGAGGAGUGAUUGGUCUGUGAAUCAGUCAUUAGAUUAUAAGAGUGAAGAUACAAAGACUGAUCCCAGGCAUGAAGUCCUCAACAGGUUUAGAUCAAAUCUGCUGAAGAAGUUUGAGCGUCUGUAUGAGGGAACAGCGAUGCAGAGAAACCCAACACUCCUGAAUGAGAUCUACACAGAGCUCUACAUCACAGAGAGUGAGAGUGGAGAGAUCAGUAAUGAGCAUGAGGUGAGACAGAUUGAGACACAAUCCAGGAGAACAGCAACAGAGGACACAGCCAUCAAAUGCAGUGACAUCUUUAGACCUUUACCUGGACAAGACAAAGCCAUCAGAACUGUGCUGACAAAGGGAGUCGCUGGCAUUGGAAAAACAGUCUCUGUGCAGAAGUUGAUCCUGGACUGGGCUGAAGGGAAAGAGAAUCAGGACGUCCAGCUCAUAUUUCCACUUCCUUUCAGAGAAAUCAACCUGAUGAAGGACAAAACACUCAGUCUUUCAGAUCUUCUUCAUGUGUUUUUCCCUGAAACUAAAAAAAUGGAAAUAUCCAGUGAUGGAUAUAAAGUGUUGUUCAUCUUUGAUGGUCUGGAUGAGUGUCGUCUGUCUCUGGAUUUUAAGAGCGAAGUGAAAGUGUGUAAUAUAUCUGAAUCAGCCUCAGUGGACGAGCUGCUGAUGAACCUUAUUGUGGGGAAUCUGCUUCCCUCUGCUCUCAUCUGGAUCACCUCCAGACCAGCAGCAGCUGAUCUCAUCCCCUCUGAGUGUGUCCAUCGAGUGACAGAGGUACGAGGCUUCAAUGAGCCACAGAAGGAGGAAUACUUCAGGAAGAGAAUCAGUGAUCAGAGUCUGGCCGACAGGAUCAUCUCACACCUGAAGUCAUCAAGGAGCCUCUACAUCAUGUGCCACAUCCCAGUGUUCUGCUGGAUCUCAGCCGCUGUUCUGGAGAAGAUUUUGAGUCGAGCAGAGAGUGGAGAGAUUCCCAAGACUCUCACUCAGAUGUACACACACUUCCUGAUCCUUCAGACCAACAUCAAACAUGAGAAGGACUAUGAGAAGAAGCUGACAGAUGAAGACAUGAUCCUCAAACUGGGGAAAGUGGCUUUUCAGCAGCUCGUGAAAGGAAACCUGAUCUUCUAUGAGGAAGACCUGAGAGAGUGUGGCAUUGAUGUGACAGAAGCAUCAGUGUACUCAGGAUUGUGCACUCAGAUCUUCAGAGAGGAGUUGGGCUUGUAUCAGGGGAAAGUCUUCUGCUUUGUUCAUCUGAGCAUUCAGGAACAUCUAGCAGCUCUAUAUGUGCACCUCUCCUGGACAAACCUCAACAGAAAUGUGUUUGAGUCAAUCGCCAAACAGAGUUUACUGUCUAAAGUGAAGAAACCGUUUCAACUCAGUUCAUCAGAACAUGUUUCAUUAUCUGAGCUGCAUCAGAGAGCUGUGAAAGAGGCUCUUCAGAGUAAAAAUGGACAUCUGGAUCUUUUCCUGCGGUUCCUUCUGGGUUUGUCAGAGGAAUCUCAUCAGAUUCUCCUACAACAAAUAAUGACACUGAAAAGAAGCAGCUCUGACAGCAAUGAGACAACAGUUGAGUACAUCAAGAAGAAGAUCAGGACCAUUAAGUCUCCAGAGAAAUCCAUCAAUCUGUUCCACUGUCUGAAUGAACUGGGUGAUCGUUCACUAGUGAAGGAAAUACAACAGUAUCUGACAUCUGGAGGAAUAAAGGAAACCAACCUCUCUUCAUCUCAGUGGUCAGCUGUAGUUUUUGUGUUGUUGACAUCAGAAGAGGAACUGAAUGAGUUUCAUCUUGAUAAAUUUGUUAAAGGAAAGAAUAAUCCUGAAAAUAUGAAAGUUCUUCAGAAGCUGCUGCCUGUGAUUAAAGAAUCCAAAUCAGUUCAGUUGAAUUAUUGUGGUGUCACAGAUGAAGGUUGUUCUGCUCUGACUUCAGCUCUGAGAUCAAACCCCUCACACCUGAGAGAACUGGAUUUGUCUGGGAAUAAAAUAAGAGAUUCAGGAGUGAAGCGUCUCUGUGCUGGACUGGAGGAUCCUCGCUGUAAACUGGAGAAACUGUGGUUGAGAGAUUGUGGCGUCACAGAUGAAGGUUGUUCUGCUCUGGCUUCAGCUCUAAAAUCAAACCCCUCACACAUUACACUCCUGAGUCUGUCUGGGAAUAAAAUAAGAGAUUCAGGAGUGAAGCAUCUCUGUGUUGGACUGGAGGAUCCUCACUGUAAACUGGAGAAACUGUGGUUGAGUGAUUGUGGCGUCACAGAUGAAGGUUGUUCUGCUCUGACUUCAGCUCUGAGAUCAAACCCCUCACACCUGACAGAACUGGAUCUGUCUGUGAAUAAUCUAGAAAAAUCAGAAGUGAAGUUACUCUCUGAUCUGAAAGAUGAUACACAUUAUAAACUGGAGAGAUUAUACUACCGCAGUGUUGCCUCCAGAAAGUUUUCAUAGGGGUGGCCAGAUGGGGCCACUUAUAAUCUUGGGGUGGCACACCAAAACUAGAAACCAUAAUUUCAGAAUUGUAUUCUACUGGUGUAGUAAACCGGCCUGUAGAAAACUAUCAGAAAGACUUAAGGAAACUCCUACUGAUAUACUUAAGUUUAUUGUGUUAUAUUUAAUGUUACUAAUUAUAUAAUGUGCAUAGACUUAUAACAGUACAGCUUACAUUUUGAGUUGCACAACAAUUCUGUUUUAUUUUGCAAUUAUAUUUGGCAUAAGGUAUACAUUUAUUGCAAACAAAACAGUUACUGGGGAAAAGCAGAUACUGGCAGAUACAAAUAAAAGCAAGGACAGAAACAAUCACAUCUUUGCCUUAUGUAACAGGACUUUCCCAACAGGGAUCAAUAGACUGAUUCUGAUUACCAGGCUAUACAGUAUGUGUAAGAAACAUUUAUUUCUUUGCUUAAUGUAAAACAAAAAUAAUUAUUACUGUUACAAAAAGAACUUCCCAACAGGGAUCCAUAGUCUCUGAUUCUGAUUACCAGGCUUCAGAAUAGCUUUAUUCGCCUGUUGCUAUGUUUUUUGGCAAACACAUCCAUAAAGUCAUCAAGAUUUAUGGCCCUAGCCCUUCUUGAUUCUACACUCAGCACACAUGAGUCAAAACAAAGUAAAAAAUCCCAGGACGUCUUUCGAAAAGAGUCGAGGUGUGACCUCGGCAUCCUGGCUAAAUUUGCCCAUUGGGCUCCGACCAUCAUGGCUUCCCAACAAUCCCCAUAUCUGUUGAUUGGCUUCAUCACUCAGUCUCCUCUCCACCCGUAAGCUGGUGUGUGGUGGGUGUUCUGGCGCACUAUGGCUGCCAUCGCAUCAUCCAGGUAGAUGCUGCACACUGGUGAUGGAUAGGGAUGGGAGCCGAAAACCGGUUCUUAUUCGGAACCGGUUUUGUUCUUUGAAAAGAACCGGAACCGUGAGCAUUUUCUAAGUUUUGGUUCUAAAAACGGUUCUUGUGCAACACGUGACCAAGCGCUGUGAGCAGCCUUGCGCUGCUGUUCUGAAUAUUCGGCAUUUCCCGUAAAGGAUGUCACGAACCGAAUGACAGACACACCUCUCUGCCUCUUUAAUUACUGAGCACAUUGAUUCCAAUAACGCACAUUCCACAGACUCGUUGCGCUGUCGCGUCUUUAAUUGGCGAACACAUUGUUUCCCACGACUGUAUGUGCACUCGCGCCUUUGAUAACUACACAUCGUUUUGUCUGAGGCCGGCGAUACACUGGAAUCGUGGCGCAAGUGUCUCAGCUGCAUGGCGUGUCCGUUUUGAAUUCGGCUCCCAUGUUAACAGGUUAGAGCUUGCAGACUGCCUGCAUGAGAUGUGAGUCUCAGCCACGCUCGAGCCGCGAGGAAAACGCGUAUAUAUAUUUAUAUAUUUAUAUUUUUGUCAUGAAGACAAGAGCCUGGUCUGUCGGCGGUCUACCUCUAUGUCACCCACAGUAGCAGCAGCGCGCCAGGCACGAUUCUGGUGUGUAAAGACACAGAAAACGCGAAGCAGGCGCCAUGCAGCAGAAACACCACGUAGCAAGUGUGUCACCGGCCUGACUGUACAUCUAACAGCAGCGCGCUGCACCUGCCGCCAUUAAAUUACAUUAUACUUGUCCCAUAUUGUCAUUCAUACAUACUGGCUUCAACUUGGAACACUAAAUAAAUAGACUGUUAUUGUAAUGAAAGUAUGAGGGUUAGAUUAUUUAGUGAACAGGUCAUUUCAAGACUGGUAAACAAAGUGAUAGAAAAUAUUUAUUUUAAUGCAUUUUAAAUGUUUCAAAAUGUGGAAACCACUCAUGGCAUCACAGCAUCUCCUGACUGCAUUAUUAUUUGUAAAAUAAGGACUUUAUUGAGAGUGUGUAUACAUGUUUAUAAGUUUAACCAUUUAUAUUUCAUUAAUUAACGGAAAUUAACAAGUGUCUCAGCCCUCAAGGGAUUAUUUAGCAGCUUAUUCCUGCUUGAAAAAAACGUUAUUGAUAGUGUAAAAAACAACAACUUUGAAACACAUUCUGAUUGAUGGACUAGCAUACUCAAAAUUACUUACUACCUUCCAGCAAUGCUACAUUCAGUGAAGGAGAAAUAGUAAAAAACAUAGUUCAUUUAAAUGAAACCAGAAGCCGAACCAGAAAAUGUCAAAAAAAUCCCCACCCUACUUAUGAAGAUCUUUACACUGUAAUAUAUGUUUUGACAUUACCAACCUUUCAUUUAAGUUGACAGUAAGUAAUAAACAGUAUUGAGCAUUGAGUAGUUGAGUAUUGUGCAUUUUUCCUUACCACUAUUUCUUAAUAAUUGUUUAAUGAUUUUAAUGGAACCGAA